AAUACAACCCCUUUCAUCCUUUGGAACCUGAUAGCGUCUUCUUCUUCUCUCACGCGCUUUCAAUCUAUACAUACACACAUACACACAAGGUAUAUAUAUAUAUACACACACAGAGACACUUGUACCUCCCAACCUCUAUACAACCUUCUUUUGUCUUCUCACCUCUCUCUUUUCAUUGAUCAUCAAGAAAUCGGAUUUUUUUUUUAGGGUUUUGCUAUUGGGAAUUUGUCCCUCGAUGGAUCCGUCUUCUGUAAACUCAGUGAACGGAUUCUACUCCUUCCUCAACAGAUCAAUGGAGGAUCUCGAGAGGGUCUAUCACUCGAACAACUUCAUGUCCGUACACUUCCUGCAGAGAGUGCUUUGUCUUCUCCGGACAUCGCACUCUCACCUCACCCUCCUCGUCCAGAAACUCCAGUUGCCUGUUGGAGACAAGUGGCUCGACGAGUACAUGGACGAGACCUCCAAGCUCUGGGACGCCUUCAACGUCAUCAAAUCCGCCGUCUCCGCCAUGGAAAACUUCUGCUCCGCCGGAAUCUCCAUCGCCUCCUCCCUCGACGGCCAUCGCCGCCUCUCCCCGCAGCUUUCCCGCCAGGUGAAUCGGGCGAUAUCUGGUUGCAGUAGAGAAGCGUUUGGGCUGGAGCAAGAGAACAGAGCGUUAAUGGAGAAUCGGAUCCGAACGCUGCCGUUUUGGUUGGACCAGACAUCGUCGGCGGCGAUGGAGUCGUCGAAGGUACAGAACGGCUUCAGCGGAUUUCGCGGAGUACUAAACGCGACGAGGAACAUGAGCUCGCUUCUCCUGAUGAUCCUGAUGUACGGUCUCGUCUACUUUUUUCCCGGCGAAGCAACAGCGCCGCCGCAGCCGGCGGGAGGAUGCGGAGGAGGCUUUGCGGAGGCGAUGGGGAGGGUGCAGCAGAGGGUGGCGGGGGAGGCAGGGAUGAGGAAGGGGAUACUGUUGUAUGAGUACAGGCGGAGCAAGGCGGCGAUGGAGGAGCUGAAGGCGGAGGUUGAGCGGCGGAGCAACGGCGGAGCGGCGGCGGAGGAGAGGGGGCUGAGCGAGAGGGUGGAAAACGUGAAAGGGCAAUUUGGGAAUUUAAGGAAUGUUACAGAGGGUAUCGUGUCUCAGAUCGAUGAUUUCUUCGACGAAAUUGUUGAAGGAAGGAGGAAGCUUUUGGAUUUCUGCAGUCACAGGUAACCAAAUUUAACGCAACACAAAAGGCUUUUAGGUUUUAGAUGAAGUGAAAAUUAGUUGAUAGAGAGUUGCUGCAACUCUUUUCUCUUUUUGUUAAUUUCUUUGCUCUGUUAUAAACUAUUUUUAUUUUUUUUUCUCUUCAAAUAAAAUAUGUUUUUAUUUAAUCUAAUGUGGAAUUCAAUCCAAUGUAUACUUAUGAA